AUGCAUUUGCAAUUCUUUUCCUUAUUCAGUGUCUUACAGUAUUGUUUCCUUUUUAUGGUUUCCAAUGAUAUCAUCGAAGCUGUUGAACGAUUAGAAUCACGUGAACUCGUAGCUGACGGAGCUCGUUGCUACACGUUACCCACAAUUCCCGGCAAACACAGCGACCUCAAGUCCAUCGCUCCAGAAACAAUGGCGGACAUCGUGGAAGGGCGGUAUACAGAAAAGCUUGGGAAAGUAGCCAUCGUCGACUGUCGGUACCCGUACGAGUUCGAGGGAGGUCAUAUCCGGGGAGCUGUAAACAUGUACACCAAGGACGCCGUCAACACGCUUCUCCAGGAGACGUCGACGUCAGAGAAACCACGUGUGCUGAUCUUCCACUGCGAAUUCUCUUCAGAGAGGGGGCCAAAAAUGUAUCGUUUCUUGAGAAGCCAGGAUCGUGUGCUGAAUAAACACAGAUAUCCACAUCUCAUCUUCCCAGAGAUUUACUUACUUGAUGGAGGCUACAAAGCGUUCUUUUCUACACACAAGGAUUUGUGUGUCCCAAUCAGCUACAAGCCAAUGUUACACGAGGACCAUGCUGCCGACCUACGUCACUUCCGGGUCAAGUCGAAAUCAUGGACCGCUGGUGAGAAACAGAAGACUAGCAGACGACAAAGAAGCAGACUUGCUUGCUUAAAUAUUGACUUCUAAACAUUGUGCUAAUGUGUUGGAAAGUGCUUAAUGUACGGCAGUUUGCUGGUUGUGCUAAAUGUUGUUUUGUUAACUGUGUUUGUUGAUUAUUACUUGUUUAUGCU